AUUGUGAGAGACGAUCUCUCGGCUUAGAGGGCUACAUUUGGCCGUACAAUUAUAAUUACAGUGAUACGAGUAUACUGUUCCACCGUGGACGCCAACGCGGCAUGCAGUUACGCAUUUACAUCCUAGCCUGUCUCCUAUUAAAGGGGCUGGCUCAAGCCGAAGAAGUAGAAGUCGUCGAGGCGAUUCCGGGGGAGGAUAAUCGGAACGAAAAUUCGGCGCUAAAUCGCCAGGACAACGAGUUAAGUAAUUCCGAUCAAUUGGCACUGGAUUCCAUAGCGGAUAAAGAUGCGGGAGGAAAUCACUAUAAGCCAGGUGCUCUCCGGGGCCACCCUCUGCUACCACCGGGCCGAGGUGCGUUAAGUCUGCCGCGUCCGCAUCACAAUGUUGCUUAUCACGGUCCGCCGCCGCCCUUGCCGCCUUCCAAAGCGCAACCGGAAGCGAUGGAUAAGAUUUACACGACCGGCGGCGGCGGUAUCAGCACCGCGGUCGGCGUCGAACCCUGGCCGGUGGCGACGCCUGACAUGCCGAAAAUCGUGUCGCUGGACGUGAAAUGCGAGAAGAAUCUGAUGAAGGUUUACCUAGGCUUCGACAAGCCGUUUUACGGUAUUGUCUUUAGCAAGGGCCACUAUAGCAAUGUAAAUUGCGUUCACCUGCCGGCAGGACUGGGUCGCACGUCCGUCAACUUCGAGAUCAGCAUACACGCGUGCGGCACAGCCGGUAAUACGGAGAACGGAUUAUACGGCUACGGCGCCGAGUCUGGUUCCGGGACGUACUUCGAAAACAUCAUAGUGGUACAGUACGAUCCCCAGGUGCAGGAGGUCUGGGAUCAGGCGCGCAAGCUGCGCUGCACCUGGCACGAUCUGUACGAGAAGUCGGUCACCUUCCGUCCGUUCCCCGUCGACAUGCUGGACGUGGUACGCGCAGACUUUGCCGGUGACAACGUGGGAUGCUGGAUGCAGAUACAAGUGGGGAAGGGACCGUGGGCCUCCGAGGUCUCGGGACUUGUCAAGAUCGGUCAGACUAUGACGAUGGUGCUUGCGAUCAAGGACGACGAUUCCAAGUUUGACAUGCUCGUGAGAAACUGCAUGGCGCAUGACGGUAAACGCGCGCCGAUACAGCUGGUGGAUCAGCGCGGCUGCAUAACGCGGCCUAAACUGAUGUCUCGAUUCACCAAGAUUAAGAACUUUGGCGCCUCGGCGUCGGUGCUGUCGUACGCCCAUUUCCAGGCCUUUAAAUUCCCGGACUCCAUGGAGGUUCAUUUCCAAUGCACCAUACAGAUCUGCCGGUACCAGUGCCCGGAACAGUGCUCAGAAUCGUCGCCCUUCCUGGAGAGUCAGGGUCUCUUAGAGAAUCAUCACCAUCAUCACGCGUCGAUAAACGGGCAUCCCGAUGUCGGAUACGGUUUACCGCCUCCGAUCCCUCUACCGUUGGAGGCCUAUUUACAGGCGGCGGCUGGACAGCCUCGGGACGAGAGAAGAAGAAAGUCCCGCGAAAUUUCGCAUAAUCCGCAGAAGGCAGUCGGUGUGAAUCGAAUCAUCCGGGUGGUCUCCACCGGCGACCUGACCUUCUCCAUCGACGAGGGCAACAACAGCGGCGAACAGCUGUUGAACGGCGGGCCGACGAUGGUCUUUCCGCAACGUGUUCACGAGAACGCAGCUAGCUCGACCAUGAUCUGCAUGACCACUCCCGGAUUCGCGAUUACUCUCAUCGUACUACUCGCUAUUCUACUUUCUUCGUGCGUGCUCUCGGCCUAUCUCUUCAUGCGUCUCAGGCCCUUCUCGGCGAGGGCUAAGAAAUCCAGCGCCGUCGAGCAGAACAUCGGCGUAACGAAGAAAUCUUCGAGAACGUGCUUCUAUUCAUAG